AUGUCUAUUGAGAAUUCUUUUGGAAGCUCCCCUACAGAGACUUCGGCUAUCAAAUUUACAGGAAAGAAUUAUGCGGCCUGGGAAUUUCAAUUCGGAAUGUUUCUGAAAGGGAAGGAGCUUUGUGGUCACAUUGAUGGGACUUCUCCUGCUCCCAAAAAUGAGAAAGAACUUGGUCAAUGGGAGCUAGGGAGAUGUGGGGUUUUCUGCAAUGCAUAUAUCAUCAAAAUAAUACUGCACGACGAUUUCAGCUUGAACAUGAGAUUAGUACCUUCAGUCAAGGUACCUAAGGAGGUUACUCGGGGUGGAUUGCUGAAUAGAAAUCCGGUUCCUUCUUUGGAUGUUUGUCUUGGUGAAUUAUUACGGGAAGAACAGCGAUUGGCUACACAAUCUGUUCUAAGUGCAUCUGGAGGGACAUCAGAAGUUGUCAAUGUUGCUUAUGCUGCACAAGGGAGGAAUAAAGGAAAGGGAUCAAUGCAGUGCUACAGCUGCAAGGAGCUUGGACAUAUUGCUCGCAACUGUGGUAAGAAAUUUUGUAAUUUCUGUAAACAGAAUGGACAUAUUAUCAAGGACUGUCCUACACGACCAGAAAACAGGCGAGCUCAAGCUUUUCACGUUGCAGUUCCAGAUCCUACUGUUAUUGGUCCUACACUUACAACCACAAGCACCAAUCAGGCUGUUAUUACUCCAGAAAUGGUCCAACAGAUGAUUCUCACAGCAUUUUCUGCCCUUGGGCUUCAGGGCCAAGGAUCAGAUGUCGGGGAAGGUGAUCGCAAGGGGGCCUAAAGUGGGAAGAUUAUUUCCGUUGCAAUUUGCUAUUCCUAAACCUUUAUCUUUAGCUUCUAUGAUUGUUGAAAAUAAGGCUGACGUUUGGCAUAGGCGAUUAGGUCAUCCAAAUAAUGUGAUAUUAUCUAAUUUGAUGAAGCGUGGUCUUCUUGAACAAAAAGAUCAGUGUUCUACUCAUGCAUUGUCUCUUGAUUGUUCUGCUUGUAAGUUA